AUGUUGCGCGCUCUGACCAGUCGCUGGCGGCCCGGCGCCAUGCCCCUGUGCUCAUUUCGAGCAUUGCAGAGCGAGGCGCGCGCCAAAACGUGGGAGGUCCACGCUCUCAAAACAGCCCGUUCCUAUAGCCUGCCCAAACUGGACAGCGUACUUGCAAGGCAAACGAUGUUUGUCAAGACACCCUUUGUGAAUGAGCUAGCGCAACACGUGCGUCACAUCACGCUCAACUACGACAAUAAUGCCGACCACCAGCGCGUCUUCAUCUUUUCCUCCGGGGCCAUCAUUGCCUGGGGCCUGCGCCCAAACGUGCUGCGUGCUCUCUUUUCCCUAUUGCGGGCCGUCGAAUCCGACCCCAUUUCUCAGCGCCUUGCGGAACAAGAGCACGAAAUUCUGCUCUACACCCUCGAUGGCGGCCAACGUUCCUUCUUGCGCAAAGGCCUCAUCCAUCUUGCAGAUCAGGAUCUUCCAACAACCCAGCACGAGCACGACUACCUCGCUUUCCACAGCUCCGAGGAUGCCCAGGUUGGCGAUCGAUCUCUCGAACAAUUUGCAGUGUCACACGCCGUAGCCCUCUCUAUAGAGCUGGGCAUUUUGGAAACGGAAUUGGCAACGUUUGCUCAAAAGAUUGAAUGGAUCACAAAUGAUAUCAAGGAAGGUCGUGAGUUGCGGAUAUCCCGGUCCACGGUACUGCAGCUAUACGGGGAGCUCCUCAGCCUUAGGCACAACCUCAAUCGCUCGACUGAACUGAGCGACUUUUAUUGGGACCGCGAAGAACUUGAGGUUCUGUUUGACAGUGCCUGCCGCUUUUUGGACAUUGAGGCACGGCGAAGACUAUGCAAUGAGCGGGUGAGCUACCACAGCGAACUUGCCGAGCUGCUGCGCAUUACAUUGAGCGAGCGCCACAGCACGCUGCUUGAAUGGGGUAUUAUUGGUCUCAUCACAGUCGAGGUUGCCUUCGAGCUCAUGCACUACGCCGAGCGUUGGCUGGCUUGA